GCCGAGUUCAGUCGAGAGUCGGCCUCUCACCGCGUCGCAUCCUUUCGAUAGAAUCCGGUCGAUAUCGAUUUCUCCCGUGUCUUUCGUCGGUCGAGAGUCAGCGUCUUCGUUGCACGGGAAACGGAAGCUCGGCAACGGUUUGCCUUCGGUAUACCACGGUAGGCUGUCAUGUGAAUUACCACACCGACCGAACACUUUCCGGCUGACAUUGGACCGCGGUAGUAGUCAUCGUCACGAUGAGACCGAGAGACACGUGAGCCUGUGACAUGAUAGACGGACUUGAAAAAUGAUGAGGAGGAAGAAGCAAGGAGUCACCGAGGGCGGAGAAGCGUCGAUUCUGCUACUCGUCGCAUUGACUCCUGUUAUCUGUUCCGCUGGAAUCCUGGAUCCUUGGCAGUGGGCACGUAGCGAUCGAAUCGAGGUCAACAUUCCAUGGUUGCCGUUCGAGAACGAGACACGAUGCUACGACGAGCUAGGGUGCCUGAACAUAACCAGAAGCUGGUAUCACCUUAUCCAUAGACCGCUCAAUGUCUUCCCUUUACCACGAGAAGUCAUCAAUACGAAAUUUAUUCUAUACACGAACGAUAAUAACGUCGAAGGCCAGACAUUGUCAGCCGCGAAAGACAAGUCGAUUAAACGGUCGUACUUUGAUCCAAAAAGGAAAACGAAAUUCAUUAUACACGGGUUCAUAGACACUCCGCUUAGCAAUUGGGUCAACGAAAUGAGAAACGAAUUAUUGAAGCAUGACAACUACAAUGUCAUCAUAGUUGACUGGGGUGGAGGAAGUUUGCCACUUUAUACUCAAGCAACCGCCAACACGAGGCUGGUGGGCCUUGAAAUAGCUCAUCUCGUUCAACACCUGCAGACAAAUUACGGACUGGACCCGAAUGAUGUGCACCUGAUCGGACACAGCCUGGGCGCACAUACCGCGGGAUAUGCAGGAGAAAAGAUGGGAGGGAAGGUCGGUCGUAUUACGGGACUGGAUCCAGCAGAGCCCUAUUUCCAAGGGAUGCCCAGUCACGUAAGGCUGGACUACACCGACGCCAAGUUGGUCGACGUCAUUCACACCGAUGGCAAGAGCUUCUUUUUCCUAGGGCUUCCCGGAUAUGGAAUGAUUCAACCAUGUGGCCACCUGGACUUCUACCCGAACAAUGGCAAGGAACAGCCAGGAUGCACUGAUCUCAGCGAAACUACCCCUUCCUUGCCUUUAACCCUGAUCAAAGAAGGUCUGGAAGAAGCGUCGCGAGUACUGGUUGCCUGCAAUCAUGUCCGUUCCAUAAAACUCUUCACCGAGAGCAUCAACUCCAAGUGCCAAUACGUGGCCCACGAGUGUUCCAGUUACGCCAGCUUCCUCAGAGGCGAAUGUUUCUCGUGCAAGAGCAACAACAGUCUUAGUUGCGGUAUUAUGGGUUACCAUGCGGACACCAGUCCAGCUUUGGUUGGAAGGCGGGCUAUGGGACAGGAUAUUCUGUCUCUGCUCGGGUCGAAAUUCUUCUUCGCCACUGGCAAAGAAGAUCCCUUUUGCAGGAGACACUACAGGAUCACCAUCGAUCUUGCCCGGCCACCGAGUGCAGAAAGUUGGGUCCAAGGCUUCCUGAAAGUCACUUUUCACGCGGAGAACGACAUUAUUCGAGACAUUGAUCUCACGCCUAGCGGUUACAUGAAAUUGGAACAUGGCUCGACAGUCCGAAUGGUCGUCGCUCAUCCGGCCGGUGCAUCCGGUGAACUUGGGAAAAUUCGACGCGUUGAGCUUUCAUGGACCUACGAUAUGGAUGUGUUACAACCGAAGUCGCUCUGCUUCUUCUGGUGUAACGAUCGCCUCUACGUGAACAGCGUCACGGUGGACGUUAUGGAAAUACCGGGAAGAGGGAAAAGAGAAGCAGACUUCACCAGUAAGCUCUGCUCGGCAAGUAGGCAGGAGUACGCAGAAAUUGCCAGCGGUUCCACGGCGUCUUUCGUCGACAACUGCUGACAACGUCUUCAACUUAAUUUAACAUGUAUCUGAGUACAACGUGAUAGUUUGCGGUUCUCGUUCCUGUGAAAAGUAUAGAAAUUAAAGUGCAAUCUAGCGCAUAUCUAACUGAUAAGAAUCAGCAGCGUGAAUAAUGAAAAUUAUGACAGAGCCUACGAUGAUCAACUGAAACCUGUAUUUCACAAUGAUGUAUUUCAUUCGGAAUACGUCCACAAGUUUUUAUUUAAAAAAGAAGAAAACAAGGCAAGAUUCGUUUCGACAAAAAAUUUAUUUAAAAAAAAAAAAAACAACUGUAACUGUACAAAUAUAUAUAUAUAUAUUUUUUUUUUUUAUAUAUAUAUUUGUUUAUAUCUGUAUAUAAUAGCAACUAAAAAAAGAGAAAAAAACAAGUUGCACGAGUCACAGGUAAAAAAGAUCGUAAACGAUAAUAUAGUACAUACCUAUCAUUUCGAAAGCGAAACACGAAACACAGUGGAAUAAUUUUCAUAUAUCGCAAAGAAGAGAAUAUUUUUAAAAACCUGGCAACGUUUUACAAAAAAUACCACGGAAGAAUUCGCAUUUCAUUUCUUUUUUAUCCUGUAAAGCGCGGUGCAAUGUGAAUAUUGAAUUUGCGAUGAAAAUGAUAUACAUACAUAUAAUAAUAUAAUGUAAGGAAAGCCGACGCGCAUCUGCUGCAUGAAUCAAUUACCAUCGAUUACUUUGUACAUCUUGUAUAUAUGAAAUUGGAUAGAUAUAACUAGAUAAUGCUAGUGUUAGUAUAAAAGCAGGUAAUCAUUUUACGAAUGAUCGACGAUGGCGAUAACUUGCUAACGCAAACAUUUUUUGGUUCGUGUGCGAACUGUUAUCUACGUAAACUUCUAUACAAUAUUUACAUAAACAAAAAUACCGUCCGUUGUAACGUAAUAGCGAUGAUCACUUGUGAUAUUUCUCUCCUAUUCUGUUAUACAUAUAAUUUAAAUACUACGUUUAAAUAUAUAAUUUACUGGUAACACUUUCCUCGUUAAAAAUUGUACAAAUCAGAAUAAGCGGACAUUUGUAAAUGAUGCGAGUAUAUGUAUAUCUUGUACUGCGUAUUGUUCAAAUAUUUUUAACAUUAAAGAUCAUUGUAUAUGAUAUAGCUCAAUGUAAAAUAUAAACUUAUUAUGCUAUAUAACGACACCGUUUCGAUUAACAAUUCACGAUGCUCUAUCAUGAAAAAUACAAUCUUUCUAUGUUUC